AAAGUGAACGUUUUUAGAAACUAAAGAUAUAUGAACAGACAAUAAUUAUGUGAUUUCUGCUCAACACGUUUUUCUUUGAUUUCUUCUCGCUUCCCCAUCUCCCUCUCCGAUGGAGCUACUGUCUCUCUCUACACCCCACUCCCUCUCUCUCUUCCCCACCUCCCUAAAACCCAGACCCCAUCUUUCUUCCACUCUCUCAUUCUCGCCCAUCAAAUCCUCUCUCCAAUUGGGCUCAAAACCCACCAGCUCUAAAGCCCAAAAUGCUCUGCACCUGGACUUCAUCCAACCCAAGCCCGCUCUCCACUUCACGGCAUCAGCGCCGCCGUCUCAGGCGACGAGGGGCGGCGAUACCGAUGCAAUGGGGCUUUUGCUGAGAGAGAGAAUAGUGUUCUUGGGGGCUCAAAUUGAUGACUUUGUUGCUGAUUCUAUCAUUAGUCAGCUGCUUCUUCUGGAUGCUCAGGACCCCACUAAAGAUAUCAGGCUUUUUGUUAAUUCUGUUGGUGGUUCCCUCAGUGCUACAAUGGCUAUCUAUGAUGUCGUUAAACUAGUGCGGGCUGAUGUUUCUACAAUUGCACUCGGCAUUUCAGCGUCAACAGCUUCCGUAAUCCUUGCUGGUGGCACCAAAGGCAAACGACUAGCAAUGCCCAAUGCAAGAAUAAUGAUACACCAACCACUUGGAGGUGCAAGCGGACAAGCAAUAGAUGUUGAAAUCCAAGCCAAUGAAAUCAUGCACAACAAGAAUAAUGUCACCCAAAUCAUAUCAGAAGCCACAGGUCGCUCAUUUGAACAGGUUCAGAAAGAUAUAGAUAGAGAUAGGUACAUGUCCCCAAUGGAAGCAGUUGAGUAUGGUAUCAUUGACGGUGUUAUUGAUAGAGAUAGCAUUAUUCCACUGGAGCCUGUGCCAGAUAGGGUGAGAGCUACACUGAACUAUGAGGACAUGAGUAAAGAUCCAAAGAAAUUUUUGACUCCCGAAAUUCCAGAUGAUGAGAUAUAUUAAGGAAAAUCAGUGCAGGUGCCUCUACUUAUAAAGCUUAGGUUUAAUUUGCUGGUUGCGGUGGUUGAAAAUAGAUAUCAGUAAAUUUUAUGCGAAUUGCGAACUUUGCACACUUUGCACCUUUAAAUGUAUGGUUGUACCUGUAGCAUUUUAAACCAUAUCUUGAAGAUGACUAUAAUUGUUUUUCAGGUAAUUAUAAUGAUUAUGGAUAUGAAGUUAAAUUUUCCCUA